AUGGCUUUAGUAGCGCAGUUUGUUGUUUCACCCUUUAUGGAAAUUGAUAUCCAACAGUUUGCAGCUUGUGCUAUGCAGAACUUUGGCGAAGACAUCGCUGCAACAAAAAUGGAAGUCAUUGAGUUUCAAAAUGAUUUAGCCUUAAAAUCGUUAGUCUCAAGUACUGAAUGUAUCUGGCCUAUUGUAAGUAAAGACAAAUAUUCAGUUCUAUGCCGUGUUGCCUUGAAAGUGAAAGCAUUAUUCAGUUCAACCUAUUUGUGUGAAUCUUCUUUUUCCAAUAUGAAGUUUAUUAAGAACAAAUAUCGCAAUCGACUUACAGAUGAACAUUUGGAUAAUUGUAUUCGAAUGGCUGCAUCAAAUUAUACUGCAAACAUUAAAAAAAUUAUCGACGAGUCUGAGUGUCAGCCUUCUCAUUGA